GUGUGUUGAAGGUGUUAGUUACACUUGUAAGACUACUGUUAAUAGCUAACGAGACACUGAAUCGGACAUAUUUCUUGAACUGUAUAUAUAAAAAUACCCAGCGUUUUAUACUGAGAAAACUCUACUGAUAUGAGAAUAAGUUUUAAAGAUUUGGAAAUACGUACGCACAGGAUCUAAUCGAUCUUUCAUUAGCUAACCUGCGAGUGUUUCACGUCUCUGCUAAGACACAGCGAUGAGCUUCUUCGGCUUUGGACAAAGUGCAGAACUCGACAUCGUUAUAAGUGACGCCGAAACGAGGAGGACGGCGGAGCAUAAGACGGAGGACGGCAAAAAGGACAAAUAUCUUGUUUUCUAUGAUGGCGAAACGGUGAGUGGGAAGGUUACCGUCACGCUCAAAACUCCGGGGAAGAGACUUGAACACUACGGGAUCAAACUGGAGUUCGUGGGUCAGAUCGAGCUCUACUACGACCGAGGGAACCGCCACGAGUUCGUGUCCCUGGUGAAGGACCUCGCGCACGCUGGCGAGCUUUCCUGCUCCCAGACGUUUGACUUCGAAUUCGCGCACGUGGAAAAGCCGUACGAGUCUUACACCGGGCAGAACGUGAAGCUAAGGUACUUCCUUAGGGCAACCUUAGGCCGGAGACUCAAUGACAUCACCAAGGAAAAUGAGAUUGUUGUGCACACCCUUUGCACAUACCCAGAGUUAAACUCCUCAUUAAAGAUGGAGGUGGGAAUUGAAGAUUGUCUCCAUAUUGAGUUUGAGUACAACAAAUCCAAAUAUCACUUAAAGGAUGUAAUUGUGGGGAAGAUCUAUUUCCUUCUCGUGAGGAUAAAAAUAAAGCACAUGGAAAUUGAUAUAAUAAAACGAGAGACAACGGGCAGUGGGCCGAGCGUGUACCAUGAAAACGACACCAUUGCAAAGUACGAGAUCAUGGAUGGGGCACCAGUGAGAGGUGAAUCAAUCCCUAUCCGAUUAUUUCUUGCUGGCUAUGAACUGGCCCCCACCAUGAAGGACAUCAAUAAGAAGUUCUCUGUGCGAUAUUACCUGAACCUAGUCCUCAUAGAUGAGGAGGAGAGGCGCUACUUCAAACAGCAGGAAAUCACGCUCUGGCGAAAAGGGGACAUUGUGAAGAGGAGCAUGUCACAGCAGGCCACCAUAGCCGCGCAGAGGUUCGAGGGAUCACGUGCUGCCAACAGCUCAGCCAAGGAGGACAGCUCCUGAGAACACUGAGCCGCAGGCGAAGGGCAGCUCUACCCUCCAGUGAAACGGUCCCCCUUUUAUACAGCGUGUCCAAGCUGCUGAGGGAUCGGAAAUAAAUUGAACACGUUUGGAGAGAUGGAGAAGGAACUCCACCGCAAACGGACCAUCCAGUUGUUCAGCUCUUCCACAUGCACACGCCACAAGGGCCUGUCCACUUCUGAGGCUUCUUUCAAACCUGCAUGGCUAAACUACUUCCUUUUUGAAAUAUAUUAUUUUAAUCUAACAUUAUAUAUGCAUUUGCAAAACAUUAUAUUUUCACAUAGUGUAUUUACUGAAUCAUUCCUAUCUUUAUGAUCAAAUCACUACAAUAAUUUUUUAAUGUAGUGUUUGUAUCGAUAAAUGAGCCUUAGAUAAACACUGGGAGAUUGGUGCUUUGCAUUGGUGUCAAGGGAAUAUUUCAGUUCAUUUACCUAUGAAGUAGAUGUCUGCACAGUAUUAUUCCACACCUUUGAAUUUAGAAAGGAAAGACAUCACAGAAAUUGAUCAUCCACUUACUGAAAGGGAGCCAUUAUCACCAUGAACAGCUGUGGCAGUUGUUCUGAAAUAUAUUUGUGCUCUAAUCGCAAACGUUCAUCUCUGUCUUUAAGAUAAUAUGUAUUUGAUUAAAGUUCACAAGCUCGCUAGGCAAUCUCUAAAAUAGUUUAAUGAUAUGCUGCAUAAUCAAAAAGUCAGUUUUCUAAUGGGUCUAAGACCUUUCCAUGUGUUGCCUUUUUAACCAUACUCAGGUAGAGAGGGCCUUCUCGCUGUUGUUU